AUGGCGGUGUGUGCCCGGCUCUGUGGGGUGGGUCAGGCCCGAGGCUGCCGGCGGCGGCAGCAGCGCAAGGGCCCAGCUGAGGCAGCGGGGGCGGCGGCCGAGAGCGAGCCCGACACAGACCCAGAGGAAGAGAGGAUCGAAGGUGCCCCGGUCAUGGCGAGGCCGGUAGGGGCCUGUGGGACCGCGGGGCACGGAGGCGCUGGGGAUCCGGGGGCGGGUCUGGCGGCUGGGGGCGCUGGGGGCCCGGUUUCCACCUGCCCACAGCCCCCGCAGCCACCAGCGCGCUGCUCACUCCUCGAGCUGCCUCCUGAGCUCCUGGUGGAGAUCUUUGCCUCCCUGCCCGGCACCGACCUGCCUAGCCUGGCCCAGGUCUGCACCAAGUUCCGGCGCAUCCUCAACACGGACACCAUCUGGAGGAGGCGCUGCCGGGAGGAGUAUGGUGUAUGUGAAAAUUUACGGAAGCUAGAGAUUACUGGUGUGUCCUGUCGAGAUGUCUAUGCCAAGCGUAUAAACCCACGAGUGAAGUCGGGACGUUUUAUGAAAAUUCUUCCCGAUUACGAGCACAUGGAGUACAGAGAUGUUUACACCUGCCUGCUUCACCGAUAUAGACAUAUUUUGGGAUUGUGGCAACCAGAUAUUGGGCCUUAUGGAGGGCUGUUGAAUGUUGUGGUAGAUGGUUUAUUUAUCAUUGGCUGGAUGUAUCUGCCUCCCCAUGACCCCCAUGUUGAUGACCCCAUGAGAUUUAAACCUCUAUUUAGGAUUCACUUAAUGGAAAGAAAGUCUGCAACUGUUGAGUGUAUGUAUGGCCACAAAGGGCCCCAUAAUGGCCAUAUUCAGAUCGUGAAGAAGGAUGAAUUUUCUACAAAGUGCAACCAGACAGAUCAUCAUAGGAUGUCUGGUGGGAGGCAAGAGGAAUUCCGAACAUGGCUGAGAGAAGAAUGGGGACGGACCUUGGAAGACAUUUUCCAUGAGCAUAUGCAAGAGCUCAUCUUGAUGAAGUUCAUUUAUACUAGUCAAUAUGACAAUUGUCUGACAUAUAGACGGAUCUACCUCCCCCCUACAAGACCGGAUGAUCUCAUCAAGCCAGGCCUCUUCAAGGGAACUUAUGGGAGUCACGGCUUGGAGAUCGUCAUGCUGAGCUUCCACGGGAAAUGUGCCAAAGGGACAAAGAUCACGGGAGACCCCAAUAUCCCUGCUGGCCAGCAGACGGUGGAGAUCGACCUCAUGCACCGCAUCCAGCUGCCCGACGUGGAGAACCUGCGGAACUUCAACGAGCUCUCCCGGAUCAUCCUGGAGGUGCGCGAGCAGGUCCGCCAGGAGCAGCAGCAGCAGCAGCAGGAGGGCCCGGAGGCCGGGCCGGGCCGGGCCCCUCCGAGCGCCAGGGAGGCUCUGCCGGAGCCCCCCUACCAGAAGCCGGAGCAGCCGGCCCCGGCGGCCUCCUGGGGAGCCGAAGGAGGAGGCGGGACCGAGAAGGGGCUGGAGGCCUCGGGGGACGGGCCGCCUGCAGCCCCGGAGCCGGCGCCGUCGGAGGGGGGGCAGCCCUUCGUGCUCCCGGCCGGGGUGAUCUCCAGAAACGAGGACUAUCCUCGGACCUGUCGGAUGUGUUUCUAUGGCACAGGCCUCAUAGCAGGACAUGGCUUCACCAGUCCGGAGCGGACUCCAGGUGUCUUCAUCCUGUUUGACGAGGAUCGCUUUGGGUUCAUCUGGCUGGAACUGAAGUCGUUCAGCCUCUACAGCAGGAUCAAGGCCACGUUCCAGAACGCUGAGCCCCCUUCCCCUGAGGCUUUUGAUGAAAUGCUCAAGAAUAUUCAGGCGUUGACAACUUGA